AAUAAAUAACCAGCCUGUGGCUUUAGGAAGCCAGGUUCCAAGAUGGACGGCCCGUCCGCUCAGAGGGAAGCAGUGGAGUAGAAUGCCUGUCUCUAUAAAAUGGCUGGACUUUUCACAGACUUGACAAAGAUGCGCGCGAAACAUGUUGUCCCAGCAACCGGCCUCUUCCUGAUGCGGCUCCAGCUUUUGUCUCUCCACAUCGUGGUGACGUCAUCCAGGACGCUGGGACGUGGGUAAACGUUCCCUUUGACAGGCAUUCUACUCCACUGCUUCCCUCUGAGCGGACGGGCCGUCCAUUUGGAACCUGGCUUC